AUGGCUUCUAUCACCCAGCGCAGCUCCCUCGAUGAGAAGGUCCAACCCACCGCGGAGGGGAAGGAUUUGUCCCAGUCUGACGUCCUCCCGGCUGUGGAAGAUGUGCCAGAGAAGCGGCCAGUUGACGGUGACGAGGCUCUCCAGCUUGUCGGCCUUGAAAGGACGCAGCAAUUCAGUGACGAAUAUAAUCGCAAAUUACUGAGGAAGCUCGAUAUGAUUAUUCCUCCCAUCUCUGCUGCCGUUUAUUUCACGCAAUUUCUGGACAAGACGUCUCUCAACUACGCGAGUGUUAUGGGUCUUCCCAUCACGGGUCAGCAUUACAACCUUAUAUCACUCGCCUUCUAUGCCGGGUUUCUGGUCUGGGAAUUCCCAUCGGUAUACAUAUCUCAGAAGCUCCCGGUGGCCAAGUUCCUCGGAGUGAAUAUCCUCCUCUGGGGUGCCGUUGUCAUGCUGCACGCCGUCGCACGAACUUUCCAGCAAUUCUUCGCACUACGUUUCAUUCUCGGCAUGUGCGAGUCUUGCGUCUCACCGAUCCUCGUCCUCAUCAUCUCUAUGUUCUACAAGAAAGAGGAGCAGGGAAAACGAGUUGCUGCAUUUUACGUCAUGAACGGUCUUACCCAAAUCUUUGGUGGCUGCGUUGCGUACGGUGUCGCGCACACGCAUGAUCCACACUUAGCCUCGUACAAGAUCAUCUACAUCCUGCUAGGAGGGCUCGCUAUUCUCGUCGGGAUCGUCGUCCUGCUUUUCCUUCCAGAUUCUCCUGUUCACGCGCGGCUUCUCAGCAAAGAGGAACGAAUCGCCGUUCUUGAACGCGUUCGUGACGGCCAAUCGGGCACAGAGAAUAGGCACUGGAAGAAAGACCAUAUCAUCGAGGCACUGACUGACGUCCGUACCUGGCUCAUCUUGUUGACGGUCAUGCUGACGAGUAUUCCAUCCGGUGGUUUAUCAAACUUCAGCAACAUUAUCAUCAAGAGCUUUGGAUAUACGUCGCAGCAGACAUUGAUCUUGGGCACUCCAGGUGGUGCGAUCUUUGCAUGUAUGAUAUUAUUCUGCGGCUGGUAUUCGGACAAAACGAGAGACCGCAUGGUGCCCAUUGUUAUCUGUUUGAUUCCCACCAUUGUUGGUGCGGCCAUGUUGAUCGGCCUGAACGGCCAGGUUGACAAAAAAGGGGCCCUGCUCUUUGGUAUCUACCUCACAUCAACUUUCGGGAGUGCAUUGUCAUCGGUCUAUGCUUACAAUGCUAGUAACACGAGCGGCCAUACGAAAAAGAACACCAUCAACUCACUUACGAUGGUCGCCUUCGGUGUAGGCAACAUCAUCGGCACGGAGAUCUUCCAACCUAAGGAUGCGCCAGCAUACAUUCCUGGGAAGAUUGCUAUCAUGGUCCUACUGACGACACAACUUUUCGUUUCCUUCCUCAUCCGUUGGAUCAAUCAGAGGCUCAACAAGAAGAGGAAGAUCGCGCUAGAGGAAGAAACGGCUAGAAGGGGAUGGUCGGAAGAAGAUGUUCAAAAGGAGCGCGAAAGGCACGCCUUUUUGGAUUUGACCGACAAGCAGAAUAUAUUCUUCGUCUACACUACGUAGUCAGUACGCAGAGUAGAAAUGAUGUUUCAAUGGCCAUGAGAAUGGAUGCGACUC